AUGGGCGAAACCGCCGAGCCUAAGCAUUCUAGGCCAUCCUCAUCCAAGCGGUCUUAUUUGUCGCGCAAGUUCGCCCGACAAGUGCAGGAUGCUGCAGAUGGCAGCAAAGGACCUUUGGGCCUCCACUGUGUUUAUUCUCCUAAGGACGCUAUUGUCGACCUCAUUUUCGUCCAUGGUCUGAACGGUGGUUCUUACAGUACAUGGAGAAAUGGAAGCCAUCAAGAAAACUUUUGGCCACAGAAAUGGCUGCCGCAAGAUGAAGCGUUCAGCGAUGUCCGUAUUCAUACGUUUGGAUACGCAUCUUCCUGGGGCACUGAGUCAGUCCUCAACAUACACGACUUUGCUAUGUCGCUUCUUGCAGCAAUCGAGGACUCUCCUGAAAUGGGCUAUGAUUCACAGGCUCCAACGCGCUUUAUUUUUAUAGCCCACAGCAUGGGUGGACUCGUUGUGAAGGAAGCAUUUAUCAUAGGCCAUCGCGACCCUCAGUUCAAGCACAUCGUCGACCGGGUCAGCACGAUUCUCUUCCUUGCCACACCACACAGAGGCGCCUCCCUGGCACAGACGCUGGCCCGUUUGGGGACCAUCUUACCCGGGCAACGGCCGUUUGUUGGCAGUUUAGUGCCCCGGUCAGAGAGGCUUCAGUUCAUCAAUGAGGAGUUUCCAAGGCUCUGCGGCGAUUUAAAGCUAGUGUCAUUCUUCGAAACGAGACCUAUGAACUUUAUAACGAAUCUCAUCGUGGACAAAGAAAGCGCAGUGAUGAAUGUCCCGAACGAGCGCAGAACUCCUCUCAACGCAAACCAUCGCAACGUUGCCAAGUACACUUCUACCAAUGACCCAACUUACAUCACCGUGCGCAAUACAUUGGCGAAAUUAGUCUCCCCCCAUCGCAAUCCAACACGGGGAUGGAAGAAUGGCUUGAAUCAGGAAGACACACGUGUUUUGAGCACGCUCCUGAGCCUUACGGGAGAGCCUGACGAUAUCAUCAUGCAGGACCAGCAGAGGCUUCCUGUGUAUGCUAGCAUCAAGAAUGUGGCGGCAGGGUUGGAUGAUGACCGCAUAGACACGGUGAAUCCUAAUCCUGUUUGGAGAAGACUGUACCUCUCUGGUAUUCUACAGGCCAGGAUUAACAAGCCGCAAUUCUGGGUCAUAGAUGCUAUGGACGAGUGCAAAGAGAGUAUUGAUAUGAUGAGCUUCCUGUCUCGUAUCCAAGAGUACUGGCCGGUUUCAGUCCUCAUAACAUGCCGCGACCCAGUCGACAGGCACCGAGGAAAUAUGAUAACGUUGCCCGACAUCGAGUCUUACACCAUCGAGGACAAGGACAACGAGCAGGAUAUAGCUAUAUCCGGAGGCUGUUUUCUUUGGGCGUCCCUGAUAUGUUCGAGUUUGCAAAAGGUGGCUAGCGAAAAAGAGGCGAAAGCGGUUAUGGAGAGUGUACCAUCCGAUAUGGAUGCACUCUACAGCAGAAUCUUCAACGACAUGUCCGCCAGCUCGCUCGGAAAGGAUUGCGCAAGAGCCGUUAUUAUUUGGACUGCUUAUGCACUCCGACCAUUGACAACGACCGAAAUGAAGGAACCCAUCGAAAUAGAUCUUCAAGGUUCCAUUAUUCUUGUCGCCGAUACCAUAAAACGGAGUUGUGGACAGAUCGUAUAUGUGGAUUCGCAAGAAAAAGUGCGCUUCGUCCACUCCACAGUCAAGGAGUACAUCACUGCCGAAACGACCAGCCAUAGUGUCCUUCACUGGAUUGAGUUUUCUGCGGAACAUGGAAACCUGCGAACAGUCUAUCAAGCAGGGAAAACCAUCAUUUCAAUGAUGGCUCGGCGGGCACAGCAGCCGCCGCCAACAAGUUUGGCAAGCCGCCCAUUUUCCAUGCUGGAGAAAUGGGGGGACGAUCUGGUACAUCUAGCCACCAGAUUUGCGCGCCGACUAAAAGACAACCCCCAGGCCAUUCACCAUUUGAUACCUCCAUUUUGCCCCCCAAGCUCCGUCAUUCGACAGCAGUUCGCAAAAUUGAACCGCGUCAGUGUCCAUGGCAUUUCUGCUCGAGAAUGGGACGACUGCCUCACUACAAUUACGUACGAUCCGGGUGCGAAGCCGAAUGCUAUUGCGGCUGGGUCGGGGCUGUUUGCCGUUGGGAUGAUGACACCGGCCGGAAAGGUCAUAGUGUAUGAUGAAGUCAUAUUCCAAGAGGUCCACGUUUUGAUGCACGGCGAACCGGUGUUUCGUCUAGCACUUUCGAAGAACGGGGAUUUGCUUGUCUCAGCUGGAUCGAGAUCCGUUCGAAUCUGGGCUUUGAAGGACGGAAAACCACUGCAGCACAUCCACAUAUCGUCCCUCUGCCUUGCACUUGGGUUUGCCGAAGACGACAGUAUUUUGUGGGUGGCGACCAAACAAAAUCAAAUUUACGAAUGGGAUGUGACAAAAGGGUGUCUUAUCGAUGUGAGCACUUGGACCAAGGAUCUUAAGGAUUCGAUGCAGUCUCGGACACCGACCAUGACAUCCUUUCUGUUCCCCAAGAACGUCUUAUGCGUGAUCUACAGGGGAGAGAAGUUGCUUCUGUGGGACUUCAAACUCGGCGAAAUCUACGACAUAUAUGGGAAGGAAUCAGCAGUUUCUCUGAGCGAGGACAGAGCGAUAGAUGCUCGUGCAAUAUCAUUGAGCUAUACCGAUACCAAUGGCAGCCGAAUCGCCGUAACAUACACAGAUGGCGAUUUAGUGUUGCACGACAUGGAUGAGGGCAAGCCAACCCGUGUGGCCAGAAGAAUGAACGCCAUGGCACUAGCCUCGUCUCCUGAUGGCCGAACGCUGGCAGGGGUAGACUCCGAAGGAAACUUUACUCUGUUUGAACUGGAAACGCUGCAGGUCCUUUAUCGAGUGCGGUUCACCACCCAGAUGCUGCCAAAGUGCAUGACGUUUUCAGCCGACAGCGAGAGAUUCAUCGAGAUCAGUGGAAAUCAGUGCCGAGUGUGGGAGCCCAUCGUGCUGCUCCGGCCAGAUGCUUCUGAAAUUAACAGUGACACGCUCUCUGUUUCCAGUGGGCCUCAAGAAAUUGAGUUCCAGCCGAAUUUUGGAGUGAGUAUCACCGCCAUGGUCUGCUGUAGGAGUGCAAGUGUGGUAUUUUGCGCGAUGGAAGACGGAUCGGUACAUGUUUACGAUAUCAGCGUGGAGCCGAGGGGUGAGAAGUUGUUCACACAGACGACGGCGUGCACAAUCCAUCUUCUCUACCUGGACGAGAUGGACGAAGGGUCGCCCAUGAUUCUUGCUAGCGGCGACGAGUCUGGGCGUACCAUGGUGUGGCCAGUCAGUCGGCGAAGUCCACAUAGUCAGACCGGCUGGACUGUCUCGGCUGAGCCUCUGAUCGACGCCAAGGCCUCAGCUCUUGGGGUUCUGAGGCAAGUGUUGGUGUCUAGAAAUCACGACAUGCUCCUCACAUGUACGGACCAGUAUGAUACUCUGUGGCCGGUGCCGAAACAGGGCGAAGGCAUCUGGGUGGCCCAGGAGAUGGGUGUCAGCAGCCAUCCAAGCUGGCUGCAACACCCUUUGAAGCCAGAGCUUCUCAUCUGUGUUUCUGCAUCGCAAUUGAGAGUCUGCCGCUGGUCGGACCUUAGUGUCGUUCGUUCAAUCGACAUCACCCUCAAUGGAACGUUUCAUCAGCUGGCACCUCUUCAUCAUCAAAAGUAUUUUGCUACAGUCUCGGAAUGCAAAUCGCCUUCCUCUACAAGCCAGACCAAGCGGCCGUGUUUCAUACAAUUGUGGGAUUUCAACGGACUUGAGGGCUCUGUCAACCGGAUGGAGCCUGUCUGUGAAAUUGACGGCACUGGAACGAAUGCAGACUUUGUCAUCGGUGCUUUUGAAUCCCGAAUGGUCCUCAGUUCCGACGAUUACUGGAUCUCAUCGGUGAAGCUUGGGAUUUCGAUGGCUGAUUUGCCCUGUACAAGGCAUUUCUUCGUGCCAGAUGACUGGGCCAAUGCCUACUUCAAGCUCGUCAUGGGUAUUGGCUCAAACGGCGAGAUCCUUGUUGCAAAGCAGUCAGAGUUGAUCGUGAUCAAGGGCGGCUUGAAAACGACUGAGCAAGGAAAGGCCUUCUUCCCGCCCCGAGGCAACAACAUGGAAAAAUGGUGUCUCAUGUCUGAGGCUGGAGAGUGGCACAAGGCGUUUCUGCCGGACAUCGGCAUGUUUCGGACAAGCCUUGUAGAGAUUGACACGGGACACGAUCAUACGACGUAUCUCGCAUCUUUUGGCUUCUGCCUGCACUCUGCUCAGAGCAGCCUUUCAUCUCUUUGGGCCAAUUUCCGGAGCAGCCGCCGAUCGACUCAGGCCGAGACGUCUUGCCAGCACACCGUCGCCGACUGGCCGGCGAUGUGUCUGUGCGUGCCAGCGCAAAUGGCGCUGAGCGCCCAGCGUCACAUCCCAGGGCACGCUAGUCCAGUGAGCCGUGUCCGAUGGCCUUCUCUCUUCGGCCAAACUGCCGCCGUCGCCUGUCUCCUCUCCCCCUCAUCAUCACCAUCGCCGGCUUCUCUCGUUUUCUUCUCCUCUCGCACCACCGUCUCCGGCCUCUCCCGCGCUCGCUCGCUCGCUUCCGACCUGCCGCCUCUCUCGUUUUCUUGGUUCAUUGUGCCCUUUAAACAGACGCACAACGAAACGCUGCUUCGGCCUCCGCAACAGGAGCCUGAAUUGCAUUGCAGCAAGACGCCAGGGCCCUUGUCCACGACCCGUUAUUUCAUACCCGGCCAUGAGAUGAGCGGUUCCACGCGGUCGAUGGCUCCGGCCGUCGAAUCAUCACAUUCCACACACUUCCCCCGGUCUCACUCGACGCCCAACCUUCUACUUCUAGGCUCUCCGGCCAAACAACCACUCCCCCACCACACAUCAGGCUCUACAGCCACAACGUCAGCACCAGUACCUAGCUCACCACUCUCCUCUUCAACCUACGCCAACUUUCCCGACAAGGGCUUACCCAGCCUGCCCGCUUUUGACGUGCCCUCGUUUGACUUCGGUUUGGAUUUUAACACUGAACUUGGGGCUUCGCUGCGCGGAGACCAGAACAAGGCGAUACCGGACAAUCCGACCGCAGUCGAUGCUGCACGCAAAGUUUGGCAAGAUUUUCUCAUCAAGGAUGAUAUAGACGGUGCAACCGAGACAGACCGAGCUACAAUUGCUUGUGCAAGUGUUUUGAACAGCGACCGGUCAUCCGGCGACAUCUACGCAAGCACUGCCGGCGCUCGUGUCAGUGCUACCGCAACCAUUCCCAGUCGCACUAGAGAAGCCUUGCCCUCGAUCACCAAGACGGGCAAACCUACGCGGGCUGUCGAAGCAGAAGCUCGUCGGAAACGAAGCCUGAUUGACAGGCCAAGAUCUUGGAUUCACAGCUCGAGGUCUACGCCAAAUUUGCGGAACUCUCUGGAAAACGACCAAGGAUUCCGACAAGCCGCAGUGGCUGUGCCGGUGGCGGCGGCUAGAGGGACUGACAGAUAUGUUGGUGCUGUUGAUGCUGCUGCCUUGUCCACACUAGACAAAGCGGUCACGACAGGCGAACCGAUGGGCGAGCGGUCGCGAACUAUGUCCUCAUCGUUUGCCGACUUCGCAAGGCGCCCGUGGAUUUCGCGAUCGCCCUCGCCCUCGCCACCAACCAAAUCAACGCCCACGCAGAAAAAGACACCGGCAAAAAAGGCCGACGACGGCGACGAUUCCAACGGUUUCCGUGGAAAGCUGUCGCUCAAACGCCUGGUGCCGACAGUAGCUGUGGUGGAGAAUAUUAGCGAAAAAGGGAGCGCAAAGCCGGCAGGUUCGAGUGAGAGCCCCAAUAAAAGAAGGGGAAGUGGGAGCGGAGCUGGAAGCAGUAGUGGUAGCGACGCGUCCGAUGCCACAAUUGGCCCAGCCGAUGCGACGGCAGGCGCCAAUGGUGGUAUCGUGACCACCGCAUCUUCACACAGGCCCUUUAGUCGGGCUAGCGAGUACUUGACCCGCAUGAGACAGCGCCCGCAAAGCAUGUUUGUCAGAUCAGACGUCGGCAGCCCGGGAUUUACUGCCAGCAUCAACAACGACCGAGAUGAGGAGGACGGCGACGUCGGCACAGACAGAGGUCCGCCGCUGAUCAAUUUGCCGCUGGAUUUUCUUGCUGAUGGCAGCGCGACGGCUCCAGGCCGCAGCUCUAUGCAGACAGCAGAAUCGUCUGGCAGCAGCACCCACGGCAGCAGCGCAAACGACAGCGCCGUGCUUCCAGCCUCCGAGGCCGAGUCACUGACAACUGCCGAUACCAGCCGGCACACAAGUCCCAUGGCGCAGCAGCCAGCGUCGCGCGAUCCUCUUUGGAUGGCAUUUAAAGACCUGGAGGCCGCAUUCUUCAAAUUUCUCUCCAAACCGAGCACGGCACAGCGCAUGGGCCUAGUGCGGACGGCGCUUACCCCUUUCUUGCGCCGCUAUGCUCUUGACAGCUCCAACAAAGAUCUGAACUUGCUCUCGCCUGAGGAUGUCGAACGCCGCACCUCUAUCCUCAACCGGUGGUGGACAGCCUUGUUGGAAAUGCUGGACAGUCCAAGGCAGUGGGAUGGAGGCAACAACCGACAGACGGGCAACCAAACCCACUCACAAUCGAGUAGCGGUGCUGUGCACUUUCCUACGACAACUACGACUGUCACCAGCAGUAUCUACCCCCUGUCGGGUGUCGACCGGCCUGCGGUGUUGGAUGCCGUGUCUAUGAUAAUGCUGCGGCCGGAAUGGCGGCUGCUCACCACUGUCUUUCAGCCGCUGGCUGAUCGGCCGCCCAGCGAUCCCGUGCGUGCCCGUGCUAACACGGACGACAUGCCACCAACCGAGGAUGGGAGCUUCUUGGUCGAGGAGUCGGCGGAGCACAACAUCCGCACGACGUUUAUCAACAACCUGAUGGCACAGCUAGCGUUCGUCGUGGAGAGAAUGUCCAUGCGCCAAGUGCCACAUUCCAUUGUCAAUUUCAGCGGCCGGGCCUGUGCCUACGCCUUCUUCUUUGUGCCUGGCGUGGCCGAUAUACUGGUACGCCUUUGGGGGCUUGACAGACGUAUUGACCUUGUCCGGCGCUCUGCCGAUGCUUUCGGCCUACCACGCCGCAGCCGUGGCGAAAGUGAGGAUCUGAUCGCGCUGUUCCCGCCCUGUCUCGGGCCUCUCGGGUGGCAGUCUGUGAGUGCUAUCCACACAAGACUGCGCCGGCCACCUAAGAUGAACCUGCUGCUCUCAACGUCUGCUACCUGCAGCCGCAUCCCGUGGUUUGCGCCUCACUGGCUCGCACGCUGGCGUGGUGUCGAUACCGACCUGUUCUUCAUCUUCAGCAAGUACUACUACAUUCUUGCAGACGACUUCAUGCCCGCGGUGCUUCAUCUGCCGCUCGUCGAACAAGCCCGAGCCCCAGCCUAUGUCCUCCUGCACGCCCAGCUGCUCCACAUUCUCGACAACACCAUUCAUCGCCAGGCUGCAGUCGAGGCAGCUAUAAUGAUGGCCGCCCCGCCCCUAGUGGAUGGUGCAUCGGCUGGCUCGGCAUCCGGGACCGCCGAUGCAUUCGCCCCCCCCUUCCUCGUGCAACCCACACAUAAUCUGCUGCGGGAUAUGGGCGAGAAUCGAGUCAUAGCACUGCUAAAUGACCUGCUGAGCACGGGCGAGUCGCUGGCAGGCGCUCGCAACACAUAUUCGCAGUCUCUCAUGACGCUUCUCAAAGCUGCUGCCGGUCGUACUUCGCAGUAUGACCACAACGCAUGCUAUAUGCUGUGCGACUUUUUGCAAGAGAUUUUCCAGGUGUUCGACGGCUACUAUGGAUACAGCAAUGACGACGGCGGUGCCAUUACGCCACCGCCUGUCGACCUCGUCGACUGGGCGUUCUGGCAAGACGUGUGCAAGAUGAUGCUAAACUCGAACAACACGAUGUCAGAAAUCCGAGUGCUAUCCUUUCUUUAUACCGUUUGGGACAUCAUCACCACCGACGACGGGCGAAGGGAGGAGUUGUGCUUAGGAUGGCUGCUCACCGAGGAUGUGUUCAGCAAGUUUUUCAACAACUGGUCUCCCAUGGUUCGAGCGUAUUACAUGCGUCUGCUGUGUUGGCGCAUCUGCCGGGAUUCGGGGAGCUCGAAUGAGCUGGAUAUAAAAAUCUAUCUGCUUGUUUCUCAACGGCUGAAGACGGUUUGGUCACACUACUUGUGGCUCAAGCAAAAGGCCGAGAAGGAGGCGACGCUCCCACCAUCUACGGCGCCUGCGUUGCCACAACCGGGCAGACGUUUUAUGAUCGUUCGAACCGAGGUCAACGGCCCACAACUUGGCCUGAUGGUUAACGGCAGUCGUGGCCAAGGCCGCGGGAGCACGAGCGCGGCAGCUAUCGGAUUCGACACGUUAGCAAGUCCAUACAGCGGCUUCGACGGCAUAAUUGAGAUUCGUGACGGGACGUCGGGCUCGAGGCCGAAUUCGUCUGCGUCGGACGACAAGAAAGGCGACGGAAGCUCGACAAAGAAAAAGUGGUCUCUUCUGGGCAAAGUGCUGAACCUAGCAAGCGGAAGGUCAGAUACUACCGAGGAGCAGCCGGACAAACCACGGCGGGAACGGUCGUUUGCAGGAACGAUGUCUCUUCUUCCGCCGUCCAAAUCAGGGCGGCUUGGUUCUGCAUCGUCGGACUCAGGGUCGUCGACGGGGUCGGCACCGGUGUUCGACAGCGCGCAAUUUGUGUUCAAAUUUAUGCUACACAACAUCCCGUGGCAGGGCCAGAGUGGCGGGCCGAUGGGGUCUCCGGGGGCGGUAAUACUACCGCCGGUGUAUCGGGACCGAGUGCUUACGCGUCCUCGUCUUCCGGCACCGGCACAGGUCCGGGUCAGCUCUCGGCUCGCUCUUGCGGGCAGACUGUCUGGAAGCGUGCCGCCGGUUCCGGCUGGCUCGCCGCCCAUGACACGGCAGAUCUCUGAGGCUGUGACUGGCGGGCUCGUGAACGAAGCCAAGAAUGCCAAUCCGACAGCGUCGAUUCCAAGUGACGACAGCUCCAGCGGCGGGACUCGGCCGCGUGGCGACAGCUGGGUAUCGACGAGUUCUAGGGCGAGCUCGCCGGCGGCCAGCGGAGGUGAACUGGAUGCGUACUCGCGCAGCAACUCGCUGGAAGAGGAGUUUGACCGAGACCGGGAGCGGGAGCGGGCAGUGGUGCAGCCGGCGGAGCCGAUUGGAUGCACGACACUGCUGCGAGCCAAGUAUAGUGGGAAAGCUUUGGCGGAGUGGAGUCUUGUAGUGAACGAGUGCAACUCGUUUGUCGACCGACGGCGGGACGAAGGCGUGUCUGCGCUGAAGGACGUCGAGGUUCCUUGUCUCGGAAUUGAGGGGCUGCGGCGGCUGAAUUGA